AUGUCCCAAUACUCCUUCUCCAACUUAUGCGGGGCACCUUAUACCGGUGGCUCCGUCACAUUUUCUCCCAAAGGCGAUUAUUUGUUAGCACCUGUGGGCAAUAGAAUUUGCGUAUACGAUCUGGAAGCUAAUAAAUCUAACACUUUCAACUCACAAUCUCGUUCAAACAUACACUAUCUUUGUCAUCACCCUCACAAAAAAUAUGCAAUUGUAAUAGAUGUAAAUGGAUUCGCACAGGUUCUAAAUCUACUAACUGACACCGUACUACAUCGCCUACAAUUUAAGAGUCACUCAAACUUCUCCCAGAUCGCCAUAAAUAAUAGUGAAAUUCCUGUAAAAGAGACACAAAAUGCCGUUACUGCUGCGGAGUUUAGUUCCGAUGGAAAAUUUUUUGCCUUGUCAUGUGGGAAAAAAGUUACUGUGUGGAAUUCACCAACAAUUGAAACCAAUUGGAAUCUACACCUUCAUAGGGAAUAUUGCGGGCACUUGGACAAUGUUACACACAUUUCUUGGUCAAAAACCAAUCAAUUCUUUCUCACAAGCUCUCGUGACAUGACUGUAAGGUUAUGGUCAGUUGAACCAUUACCCAAUUUCAUUCCUUCAGCUUUCAUUGAUCACAGGAGAGCCGUGGUUGCAGCCUUUUACGAUAGUCAAGAGCAACGUAUUUUCAGUAUAUCGCAAGAGGGUGUGUUUAUCUCAUGGAUCAACAAACCAUACUCCAGUGGUGAUGAUAAUGCCCUGGUAAAUUUAAGUUCCAAGUCUCGUAAUGAACAAUUACACAUUUACAACACUAGGAAAUGGGUCAAGGAGAAGAUGGCAUAUUGUAACCAACCAAACAACUCAAAAAUCACUAAAGUUGCACAUAACCAACAUACUAAUAUACUUGUAGUGGGUCUUACCAAGGGUUUGUUUACCAUUUACUUGCUACCCGAAUUUGAAGCCUUACACAUACUAUCAAUUGGAUUACCAAUAAUUGACGCUAUAGACAUAACUUCGGAUGGACAAUGGAUUGCACUUGCAUGCUCACAAACAGGAUCAUUGCUAGUAUGGGAAUGGAAAAGCGAAUCUUAUAUACUGAGGCAGAAAGGGCAUUAUGGACCUGUGAAAUCCGCUGCAUUUUCACUCAAUUCCCAGGGUUCAAUCAGGAUAGGGGCAGCAGUAUCCGAAGGACUCAAAGUUAUGGAAAGUCCCUUUGGCAUGGGUUGUCGGUACCUCAUUGCCACAGGUGGUAUUGACGGCAAGCUUAAACUAUGGGACACUUUUAGUGGCUUUUGUUUUUGUACAUUUGAACAACACAGCAGUUCAAUAGAAGAUAUUACAUUUGUUCCACAAGGAAAUGCAGUGUUAACAGCUUCUUUGGACGGGACAGUCUGUGCCUUUGAUUUGAUUCGCCUCAGACUUUUCAGAAUAUUCAAACCAGAUAUAAUCGAUGUACAAUUUACAUGUAUUGCAGUGGAUCUCUCUGGGCAAAUUGUGGCUGCAGGAUCUAAGGGUGUGGAUAAUUCGAUUUAUUUGUGGAAUAUUCAGACUGGCAAUUUACUUGAGCGAUUAACUGGCCAUCAAGGUCCAGUAACCAGCUUAAAAUUCCACACCAACGUUGCAUAUCCCGGCAUCCUUGCUUCAACCUCCUGGGAUAAUACAGCCAUGGUUUGGAAUGUAUUUGGCAGGCAAGAUAAGGGUGGAACGGCCAGAGUAUUUGACAUGCCUUCCAGCUGUUUAUCGCUGUCAUUAGACCCUAGGGGCAAUCCAAUCCUAGCGACAAGCUCUUUGCACGGGAUUAUAACAUUUUGGGACUUUGACGUGGGAGAGAUCGUGGGUAUCAUUGAGGGCUUUCGAGAUAUUCAGGGAGGAAGGGGAGAAGGAGAUAGAUUUGCGGCAUUUUCAAAACAUGCAGUGGGUAAGGGGGGGAACGAUUUACAGGAAGGUGUGAGGCGAAUUCACCACUUCAACUCCAUUUGCCAUUCGUCAACGGGGGACUAUUUAAUCGCAUCAUCACAAAAUGCGCCAAAUAUCUGCAUAUAUUCAACUGACACGUACAAUUUGCUUCACUCAAUACAAUUAACUAAGAAUCGAUCGCUUAAGGGUAUAUUGCGUUUUUUACCAUCCAACUACGAACCAAAUUUCAACUUGGAUGACAAUGAGUAUAAACGUAUAGAAGUUCACAAAUCUUUACCAGGAGUUGAAGUUGGAGAUUUGAAACAUAAUAGAGACAGGUUUCAAGUGUCAAAAGUGUGUUUUUCGUCCGAUAGUCGUCAAUUUGCUGCAGCAACAUCUCAUGGUCUGUUUAUUUAUAGCAUAUCAACGGGUGCUACUGCAAUAAGGACUAGAUCAGCUAGUAACAGUUUGGAAACCUUUCAACCGCAACUUUUGACUAAAAAUGUCACUACACAAAAUGUUUUAAUGGCUUUGUCAGAAAGAGAAUAUGGUAAAGCGCUAGUACUGUCCCUAGCGCUUAAUCAGUUCAACACCCUAACCCGUGUUUACCUAAGUAUACCCUUAAACGAGAUAUACAAGGCAUUAUGUGAAUUGCAUCCAUCACUAUUGCCUAUCUUAUUCCAUUUUAUACUCAAAACAUUUACCAACAAAAACAAAGCAACCACUAGUGACACUACAAAUAGUGUUGAUAGCAUCGUGGGUAGAUUCUUUGGUUUGCGAUUAUUGUGGCUACGGCUAAUAUUCACAGUACACUACGUGGCCUUGGCAUCAGGUGAUCUUAAAAGCAAAGACAGCAUGCUUGAUAAUUGGCUUGGCAAUUUACAGAAUGAUUUAUCCAGUACAUUUAGGCACAUAUUGCGCAAUUUGAACAGGGAAAUGGCAACACUUGGCAUGACUCUUUCGUCAAAUGUAGCGGCACUUUCAGUAAUUUCACAGUUGGCCGAUAAUAAUAUUGGUGGUAACAGUUAG